AUGGACUACACUCUCAUCAUACCCGAUGAGACGCUCUGCUACAUAUUUGCCCUUGUCCAGGUCAACGAGCCUGGAGCUCACAGACCAUUCAUCAUCAUGUUGUCAGAGGGAGAUCGCGCACGGACAUCGGGGGAGGAGGUUCUGGGAUGGAUCAAGAUCACGUUUGUCAAUCGGCGCUGGCGUCAAGUAGCAAUCGACGAUGCUAUGUUAUGGACGCGCUUGAAUGGCGAACUUGGGUGGGACUGGGUCAACGAGUUUGUCAACCGUAGCAAGAGCGCCCCGCUAUCCCUCGACGCACGGUUCUUCCCUCCUCCCAGCGAUGAAAACGAGCUGCCGGUCGAAGGGCUGGUAGCUGCACAUCAUGCGAGACUUGCGAAGCUACGCCUUCAUGCGUGGUCGCCAGGCAGUUUAGCCAUCCUAGAUGGACUGCUCACAAAAAUGUUCGGGAACCUCGAGGAUGUCAGACUCUCCGCGCACUACGAUAUCAACGGUUCCGAGCCCUUGACAUCUUUUCUCGAGCACACUCCUCGCCUACGCCGCCUCACAUUGCGUCUUCCUUUUGUAUCGUACGCUGCACUCGACUGGCAGGCCACUUGCCUCGUCACGCUUACACAUGUGGACCUCGCGUUGAGUUCCGAAGCAUCAAGCGCAAUUACCCCCGCCUUCCUCAAUGCACUGCGCCGAAUGACAGCGCUCACCCAUCUAGCCAUCCAUGAAUCAUCCCCCAGCAUCCAAAUCUCUUGUGACCAUCAUUGUUCCGGCACACCUGGAGACCUCAUUCAUUUACGCAACAUGUCCUCUGUGGUCAUCACCAGCUCUCUCGAGACGCAUACCCAUCUACUACGUCACAUUCGCUUCCCUUCUCACACGCGUCUGAACUUUGGUGCCAACGGCCUUAUACCUAACCCCCCUGAGGCGUCGCGCACGUACAAAGCUCUGGGACAUGAGCUGGGCAGCUUUAUACGCGCAUAUGCUGAGCCUCCCGCGUAUUCAUCUGCCUGCUUGUUCUUCGAGACUAUCGACGACGACGUACCGGACGGGCCUGGUAACACUGCGCUCUCCCUGGGACUCGGCCGAGCCGUUCAAGCUCGGAGGGCCGAGGUUGUAUCCUCGCAUGAGGUCCAGGUCGAAGACCCACACGGGGUGUACGGCAUCAACGACUUCUCGGUGCAAGUGCACGAUGCGAAAGCAUCCGAUAUCCUCAAAUGCCUUCCUCUAGGCGACGUUCGCUUCUUGACUUUGACCGACACACAUGUCUUCUCACCGCAUGGCCUACAAUAUCUCGAAGACCCCACCCUAUUCCCGAACCUCCGCAUCGUCGACAUGCCCAGCGACUAUCUCGACUUCUAUACCGUGAUCUCCCAGUUCGCUGAAGGCGCAGCGGGUACGGUUACCACGUACCCUUUGCUCGAAAGGAUACUCCGAGCACGACGAGAAAUGGGGUCCCCCUUGCAAGGGAUCUACCUGCACAUCGCCGAGACGAUCGCAGGAAUUGAAGCAACGGGGAACUCUGUGAUGAGAGGGAUGAUUGAGAGCCUCAAGGCUAUAGAAGGGGUGGAAAUCGUCUCUAGCGUGUUCGACGCGUUCGCAGUAUAG